AGUCACAGAGAUGAGUCAUUCUAUGAUGCCAGUAGUGAGCUUCUACUGUAGGCCUAUCUCAUUAGGAGGUCGGUUUGGAAUAUGAAAAAGGUGAAAGACGAGACGGCGUAAUUAUCCACCGUGUGUUUAUUUAGCGCUACAUACACCACACGCCCCUUUUCUGACAACUAAUAUACCAGAUGAUAUAGGAGCCUACAUAAAGCAGCACGCGGUGUCGCAGCCAUAUGAAGCGUAAAAGAUGACUCUGCGAGGUAAAGUGGCUCUCGUUACGGGCGGUGCGCAAGGUAUCGGUAGAGCCGUCGCAGAAAGCCUUCUGAAGAAUGAAGCAAAGGUUGCACUUGUUGACUUGAAUCAAAGUGUCGGAGAGGAAUGCAAGAAGAUUUUAAAUGGAGAGUUUGGAGAUGGGAACUGCAUUUUCAUUCAGUGUGACGUGACGGACAGAUUGAAACUUAAAGAUGCUUUUCAAAGUAUAGUCGACCGGUUUGGAAGAUUGGACAUUGUUGUCAACAAUGCUGGCAUCAACAAUGAGAAGGACUGGGAGAAGACCAUCGAUGUAAAUCUGACAUCAGUCAUCAAGGGGACUUACCUGGCCCUGGAUCAUAUGAGCAAAGAGUAUGGAAAAGAAGGAGGAGUCAUCAUCAAUGUCUCAUCCAUGGCAGCUUUCCUUCAUUCCCCCUACCAGCCAGUGUACACGGCCACAAAGCACGGGGUGAUAGGCUUCUCCAGAGCCAUAGCGGAUGCAGCCGAAGUGGAGAACUAUGGUGUGAGGAUCAACACGCUGUGCCCUGCCUUCGUGGACACCCCUCUCCUGCGCUCCGUGGAACACGAGGACAACAUGGGCAAGUUUGACAAGUUCAAGGAUGACUUAAAGAGGAGCGUGCACAAGUUCGGGGUGCUUCAACCGUCGCUGAUCGCAGAGGGAGUGUUGCGCCUGAUAACUGAUACCGGUCUAAAUGGCGCUGUGAUGAAGAUCACCUGCUCUAAAGGGAUCCACUUCCACACCUACGAGCCCCUGUCCGCUUGAGAGGAACAACACGGAAUACCGUCGGACUUCUGUCACCCACCCAGACAAAGGCACUUAAAGUGGUCGGAGUAUGGAGUCAUUCAGAAAGUAAACCCAUGUGUCUAUGGAAUUGGUAGAAAUGUAGGGCCAUUGAAUUAGGAAUUAGAAUAGUAAUUUAAUGGGACCUCUAUUUGUAUGCCUACAUUGGAUGUAACCAAGAUUCCAGUAGUCCUACUGAAUAGGUGUGAACAAAGGUAGACAAACAGGGUUUAGUUUUCGGGUUUCCCUCAUCAUAGAAUCCUCCAGUUGAUUUGACUAGUAUGAGAGACUUGUUUCCCUCAUCAUAGAAUCCUCCAGUUGAUUUGACUAGUAUGAGAGACUUGUUUCCCUCAUCAUAGAAUCCUCCAGUUGAUUUGACUAGUAUGAGAGACUUGUUUUCCUCAUCAUAGAAUCCUCCAGUUGAUUUGACUAGUAUGAGAGACUUGUUUCCCUCAUCAUAGAAUCCUCCAGUUGAUUUGACUAGUAUGAGAGACUUGUUUCCCUCAUCAUAGAAUCCUCCAGUUGAUUUGACUAGUAUGAGAGACUUGGUACACAUUGACUGCUGUAUUUAUUUUAUUUAUUUAACGAGGCAAAUCUUAUUACCCAAUUAUAAAAUGGACAUUUUAUCACAAAGCACAAUGUGUUUACAAUUCUACCAAAUAACUGUAGUUUAUUUUUUGAUACAAUAGCAUACUUUAUUAUCAUAGAAUAUGUGGAAAUUGUAUUUUUGUUGGUUGUCAGACAAUAAACUUUGACUCCAUUCCUCUUCUCA